AUGCUGUAUACGCACGCCACCAUCAUCACGGUGGAUGGCACUCGUCGUAUCAUCGACGACGGGGCCAUUCGCGUCAAUGGCGAUACAAUCGCUGAUAUUGGCAAAACUGCUGUGCUCAAGGAGCGAUACCCGGCCGAUGAAGUGUACGAUUUGUCCGGUCGCAUCAUCAUCCCCGGGUUGAUCUCUACCCAUAUGCAUACGGCACAGACCCUGCUGCGAGGAACUGCCGAUGAUCUCGAGCUGGUGUCGUGGCUGUGCGAGCGUAUCUGGGUGCUGCAGGGUAACUUUACCGAGGCAGAUGGGUAUGCGGCGGCGCGGUUGAGUAUUGGCGAGAUGUUGAAGUCUGGUACGACUUGUUUUUUGGAGAGCAUGUUUGCCGAUCGGUAUGGCUUUGAUGGUCUGGCUCGCGCAGUCGAAGAGUCUGGCAUUCGAGGCUGUCUGGGCAAGAUUGUCAUGGACAUUGCCAAGUAUGCCAAAGAUGAUGCCUGGGCCAUGCAUCCUGGUCUGGUCGAGAACCGCGAGACAUCGCUCUUGGGCACCUUGAAGAUGUGGGAGAAGUGGAAUGGCGCCGCCAAUGAUCGCAUCCGCGUGUGGUUUGGCGCCAGAACUCCUGGCGGAAAUGACGGCUAUUUCCCGCAAAAGGGAAUUCCCGUCACCAUGCACUGUGCCGAAGUCAAGGCCGACCGGGACUUUUUCGCCUCGGUCUCGCACACGCCCAUGUCGUAUUGUGACUCGGUUGGCUUGCUGAGUCCUUCUACCGUGCUGGUGCAUAUGGUCCACCUCGAUGACUCGGAUAUUAAAUCUCUCGCGGCAUCGGGAACUCACGUCGCCCAUUGCCCAACCUCCAACGCCAAGCUGGCCUCGGGUAUUUGCCGAGUGCCAGACCUGCAGCAGGCAGGCGUUAACAUCGGUCUGGGCACAGACGGGGCUCCUUGCAACAACACCUGCGAUCUCCUGCAGGAGAUGAAGCUUGCCGCAAUUAUCCACAAGAGUAUCUCGUAUGACCCGACAGCCGUUCCUGCCGAGUCCGUCCUCGAGAUGGCUACCAUCAAUGGCGCCAAGGCUUUGGGCCUGGAUGAUCGCAUUGGUAGCUUGGAAGUCGGCAAAAAGGCCGACUUUGUCGCUAUCGAUGUUCGCGGCAUCCAUAACCAGCCGUGGCAUAACCCUGCCAGUGCGGUGGUGUAUACUGCCACCGGGCGCGACGUCGACGUGGUCGUUGUCGAUGGCAAAGUGCUCGUCCAGAAUGGUGAGCUCCUGACCAUGAAUGAGAAGGAGAUCGUCGAGGAGGCGAAGAAGCGCAGCCGCGAGGUGGUUGAGCGUGCUGGUCUUUCCAGCAAGAUGAAGGGUCGCUGGCCCAUUGAGUAG